AUGUGGGAUAAUAAGGCCAGGAACUUCCUUCAGGGUUGCCAAGUCCUUGACUUUGAUGUAGAAAAUGUCAUCGAGUUAUAUCUUCCCUUGGACCUUGUCAAUCAAUCACCACCUAAGGACAUGGAUGGAGAAGAGAAAGAAAUCAUUGUUUGGGUUUGCCAAGAAGAAAAGAUUGUCUGUGGCCUGACCAAACGCACCACUUCAACUGAUGUAAUCCAGGCGUUGCUUGAAGAACAUGAAGCCACUUUGGGAGAUAAACGAUUUCUUUUUGGACAGCCCAGUGAUUACUGCAUCAUAGAGAAAUGGAGGGGCUCAGAAAGGGUCCUUCCUCCACUCACUAAAAUUCUGAGACUUUGGAAAGCCUGGGGGGAAGAACAGCCAAAUAUGCAUUUUGUCCUAGUUAAAGCAGAUGCUUUGGUUCCUGCUCCAUUAUGGAGGACGGCGGAAGCAAAACUAGUUCAAAACACAGAAAAACAGUGGGAACUCAGUCCGGCUAAUUAUAUGAAGAUGUUGCCAUUAGACAAGCAGAAAAGGAUAGUCAGGAAAACAUUUAGGAAACUAGCCAAAAUUAAACAGGACUCUGUUACACAAGAUCGAGACAGCAUGGAGACGUUGGUGCAUUUGAUCAUUUCUCAGGAUCAUACUAUUCAUCAGCAGGUCAAAAGAAUGAAAGAACUGGAUCUGGAAAUUGAGAAAUGUGAGGCAAAAUUUCAUCUUGAUCGAGUAGAAUAUGAGGGAGAAAAUUAUGUCCAGGAUUCUUAUUUACUGCCUAGUUCCAGUGAGGUCAAGCAGCAAAAAGAGAUAAAGCAUGAAGAAAAUGAUGCACCUGAUUAUCUGAGUGAGAGUGAAGGGAUUUUACAUCUGGAAGAACGACUGCAAUAUUACAGGUCGCUUAUUGACAAACUAUCUGCUGAAAUCGAGAAAGAAGUUAAAAGCAUUUGCAUAGAUGUGAAUGAGGAGACUGAAGGGACAUCUACAGAAGAAUUGGAAAAGAAAAACUUGGAAACUGUUAAGCAUGAUUUGGAGAAAAGUAUGAAGGCUGGCUUAAAGAUUCAUUCACACUUAAGUGGCAUCCAGAAAGAGAUUAAAUACAAUGACUCCUUGCUUGAAAAGAAAGCAGUAGAAUAUGACCUCCUGGCCGAGGAACUGAAUUUGAUUCAUUUCAGCAACAAAGAUGGGUGCCAAUCGAAUGAAGAUAGAGACAAAGGACUUGAGGUUACGAGUCGCAGUGUGGCAGGACCUUGUUUUACUCAGAGAACAUUUACUUCUUAUACCAAUGAUACAGACUCAGAUACUGGAAUAAGCUCUACUCAUAGUCAAGACUCAGAAAGAGAUGGAGUGCUGUUGUCAACUUAAAUGGAAUGCUUGCUUCAUGAUCUACGAUCACGUUCUUAAUAGUUACUUAAACAGGAACAUUUGAUGGUAAAAGAGAGUUGUUCCUCAAAAUACCUUGGUUUUAUUGAUUGCCACAGAGGCCAUAACUAAACCAUGUGGACACUUGGUUGAAGUAUGGGUAUCCUCCCCAUAUCACUGUUUUCCCCAUCACAGUAUUGCUAUUUUAUGGGUCAGCAUGAGAAUUAAAUAGGAAUUUUUUGAGAGUUUUGCAAAAGACAUACAUGGCAUGUUUUAAAGGCCAGCAGAUGACACAGAAAGAGUUGAGGAACUCAUCUUUACUUAACAUUGACCUAUAUUAUAGUCCACGACUAAAUACUUAACCUAAAUUUCACAGUAAAGAACUGUAAACACUCCCUGAAAGAAAAAGAAAAGUCAGACUUCUUUGGUAUGAAGGAGAACCAAAAAGUUUUACAUGGAUUUUCCAGAUGGCAGGGGUGCCAUGCCCUUAACCCCUGCCAUGCGGAAAGGAUAGGUGUACUUAUGUAGCAGGUGAAAACAAGGAUGAUAAAGAGAGCUUUUAAAAAAUACCAACUUCAUCUUUAUAAGCUCUAUGACACAAAUGCUACUUAUUAGACACAUUAAAACAAAAGUAACUUCAAGUAUGAAAAAAUAUGAUCCAGAAUGAUAACGGUUAUACUUUGAGCUUA